AUGGCAGGCUCGCUAUGGCACAUUAUCGCCGUCGUGCUUUUCUUCGUCAGCAACAUCAUUGCGCAAUCGACCAUGGCAAACCCAACUCUCUGCGCAUCAGCCCAAUGCUCCCAAUCCUCAGAAUGUGCCCUUAAGCCAAACGACACAGAGAUGGAAGUCAUAAUCUCCGUCCACGUCCCCCGGUCUUCCCCCCCAGUCGUUCUCAAAAUCCACGAAUACGGCAGCGUAACAUCCACCACCGACACGCUCGGCGUCCUCAUCCAAGGCCUGGCUUUCAUCUCCGGCCACCUCUCCGACGAAAUCUUUCCCAAUUUUCCACAACUUGUCAAGUUCAAUAGGUUGCAGCUCUCCUUCCUUGCCGCGCGACCGAUGUCGUACAGAUCCAUGGUCGACGCUUUGCGGGGGUUUGGAGAGUAUAUGAGUGGCCAUCAGGCGUUCGCGCCCAAAAGAUCUGUUGCGAUCGAGAUUGGUGGGAAUGAUGUGGGCGUGAUCCACAUGGAUAUUGCGAGGCCAGGGGAGAAUGAGACAGCCGCGCUGUAUGAGGAUCUUAGUAUGCUGCAGCUGCCUUCUGUCGAUUAG